CAUUUACCAUCGACGGUCGCGAGUCGCGUCCACGUAGUCGGUACCGAUAUCCACAGCACGGUUUCACUGUUCCACGGACUCAACGGGAGCCGGAGUUCCAGCAGCCAACAUUCAUUAGCUUCUCCACUGCGUAAAUCAUGUUUGCAGUAGCCUUGACGAUGGCGGCCUUGGUUUUGGCCGGCCAGCAGGAGGUCUGCCGGGCACAGGUCUCCAUUCACACGGACGCCAACACAAAUUCCUACAGCCUGAAGACACCCGGACUGCAGCAGACCUUUACGCGGUAUUACGGAGGAGCGGCCAAGGCGGCACAGCCCCAGAAUCCUUCGCAGGAGGAGCAGCCCCAAGGGCAGGAACAACUGCAAAAUGCCGCCCAAUUCGGUGGAUUCUCGCCGUCCGGCCAACAGUAUCCUGCCGUCUAUGCCCAGCCAGGACUCCGGGCCGGGGGCAGACUCAAGGCCACGCCCAUCUCCCUGCUGCAGCAGCAGCAGCAGCAGCUCCUGGCGCAGCAGCAGCACCAGCUCCUGGCCGCCGCAGCGCCCCAGGGAGCGGUGCCGGUGGCGGGAGCUGGGCCGGGAUCAGGGGGCGUGGCCAACAUACCCAGCUACGCGGACCAGAUGCACGCCGCCUUCCUCGACUAUCAACGCCAGCGGACGGAGUUUGAGCAGCAGCAGCAGCAGCUUCUCCAGAAGCUCUACCACUACUAUCCGGAUGUCUCCGGCUCAUCCUCGCUGAAUCCCGCCCAGAUUCAGACGCAGCCGCAGCCUCAGCCGCAGCCGCAGCUGCAGCCCCAACCACAGUCGCCGCCCUCCGAUGGAGCAGGAGUGGGCGUGGCAGCCAGCCGCUUUGCCUACCGUCGUCCGCAGUUUGGCAGCAAUGGGCUGCAGCCCGGCCAGCCGGGACCAUCGGGAAUCUCGGUAGGACCACCGGCGGCAUCACCUGGACCCCUGCGCCAUGUGGCCACUGGCGCCGGCGCCGGCGACUUCUACUCCACGCAGCAGCACAUGGGCUUCAUGCAGCAGCAGCAGCAGGACAUCCUGCGCGACCAGCAGCAGUCGGUGGCCCAGCAGUUUGCCACCAGCCAGCUGGCGCCCACCACCCGCCAGAGCUACGGCAUGGCCGUGCCCAUGUCCUCCGUGCUGGACUCACCCGCCUACCAGCAGUCGCCGGAUGUCUCGCACGUCAGCUUCUCGAGCGGCAACCUCAACUACAGCUUCUAGGAGGAGCCACCCCCAUGACUUCUACAUAUAACUAGUGUGUUCAUAUACUUUUCUCGGAGCUCUUAAGUUUUUUUUUUCAUAUUUUUUUUGCGUAAAUUUUCGUGGUAUUUGAUAAGAGGAAUUGUGUAAGGGCAAGCAAGAAUAAAUUUUUGUAAGUGACGAUA